AUGAUUGCUUGCUUGGUUGGUUCAAUUCAUAAUAAUACAAAUACAAUUAGACAUGGAGAAACAGAUUUCAAUAAGAACGGUAUAUUGCAAGGUCAUUUAAAUAUCCCUCUCAAUGCCAAAGGCAGACAACAAGCGGUUUUGGCUGGUGAACGACUACGUCAGGAUCAUUCGCACAUCGAUUUGGUGAUUUCAUCGGAUUUAGACCGUGCCUAUGAGACAGCUUCGAUCAUUGUCGACCAAUUCAAUGGUGGCAAAGCAGCGCCAGCAGUCAAUUCCAUCAUCACAACACCGUUACUUCGUGAGCGUUAUCUUGGCAAGUUGGAGGGUGUAGAUCUUCGACAAUUUGUCAACUGGGAAGAGCUCCCAGAGGCAAAGAAAAUGAUCCAACUCCAGAACAUUCUCUCACAGAAAUCAAACAUCAACUCUAUCAUUACACCAACAUCUCCUGCCAUUUCCUCAGUGACAUCGGUUCCCCAGAAAUAUUUAACAAUUGGAAGAGAAGACAAUAAUGUCAAUAUCAACCAACUUCAACAACCACAAUUCGCAAUCUCUGCCAAUGCAGAUUUAGAACAACCAAUAGCAUCAAUUACAAAUCAAUCUUUGGAUCUUGAUAACCAAAAUUCAAUCUCUUCUCCAUCCUCGACACACUCUUCACUCUCUACCUCUUCCACAUCAUCUCAAUCCUCUCUUUCUUCAUCUACCUCUUCAGCAUCUUCCAUUUCUUCGAAUGAACAUCAAAACGGUGAAACAGAUACCACCAACAUCAACUUUGCUUUCAACAACAUCAACAUCACCAGCAACACCAAUAAUAACAAUAGCAGUUCCAGUUUAUCAAAAUCAAAUACACCACCCAAGGAAUUUCAUAUUUUGGUAGUUUCACAUUCUCUUACACUAAAGACUAUUCUAAGUCUUCUUUUAUGUAAAAGACCACCAAUCUCAGUAUUCUGCAACACAAACACCCCCGACGAUAUCACCCAAUCGGAACAAUCGUCACACCAAAACUUCAAAUGGAUUCAAUUGGAGCUUAAGAACGCAUCGAUUGUCCGUACCAGUUUUAGUCUGAUUGAAAAGAAAUCCUCUGGUGAGGAUCGCAAGAGAUUACCCAGAGAAAUCAUAUUUUUCCCAGUUGCCACUGUUGACGAUCAAGAAUAG